AUGUUAUCUUGUCUUCGAAAUCGUUUUUUAAAUGGACCAAUCAAUGUUAGUCAAACAUGUAUACGUCAACUAUACUCAGAGAGUAAUGCAAUUCCAAGAAUCUUGAUAACAGGUGGACUGGGACAAUUAGGUGUACCAUUGGCAAAACGAUUACGAGAAAAAUAUGGCCAAGAAAAUGUUGUUUUAUCUGAUAUUGCAAGGCCAACAUCCGUAUUAUUAAAACAAGGUACCUAUCGAUAUGCGGAUGUAAUGGAUUACAAACAAGUUCAAGAAUUAAUUGUUAAUCAACAAAUUGAUUGGCUCAUUCAUUUAAGUGCACUAUUAAGUGCAGUGGGCGAACAAAAUGUUCCAUUAGCAAUGAAAUUGAAUAUUGAAGGUGUCCAUAAUAUUCUUGAUUUAGCACGAAAAUAUAAAUGCAAAUUGUUUAUACCAAGUACAAUUGGAGCAUUUGGACCCGACUCCCCAAGAAAUCCAACGCCUGAUUUCUGUAUUCAACGACCAAGAACGAUUUAUGGAGUAUCAAAAGUUCAUGCUGAAUUAUUGGGCGAAUAUUAUUUUCAUAAAUAUAACGUCGAUUUUCGAUGUCUAAGAUUUCCAGGAGUGAUAUCAGCAGAUACAAAACCGGGUGGGGGUACAACGGACUAUGCCAUUGAAAUCUUUCAUGAUGCAUUAAAAAAUAAUUCAUAUGAAUGUUAUCUGAGUGCUGAUACUCGUUUGCCAAUGAUGUAUAUCGAUGAUUGUGUAACAUCAAUUGAAUUGUUUAUGGAAGCAUCACCUGAAAAAUUAAAACAGCGAACGUAUAAUGUGUCCGCAAUGGAUUUUACACCAGAUGAAUUGGCAAAAGCUAUUCGAAAACAUUUUCCAAAAUUUAAAAUAACGUAUAAAACUGAUGCUCGUCAAAAUAUAGCCGAUUCAUGGCCAGAAGUAUUUGAUGAUCAAAAUGCUCGUCGAGAUUGGGGUUGGAAACAAAAGGUUGAUCUUGAUUUAUUGGUUACAAAAAUGUUUGACUUUUUAAAAAAUGGAAAAGUAUAA